GCAUGCGGGAGAUGCCUGAGUCCCAGGUGGUAGCGGAGACUGAACGGUUAAUAGACCCCCGGCCGGAGGAGUCCCACUGCGGGCUGCAAUGUUGAAGCUACUUGCACAGAAAGGAUCGAGGUCCAUGCAGAUCAUUGCAGUGCGGAAAGAGCAUGUGAGGAGGAUUGGCCUCCUGCUCCUGAUUAUAGUGGCUGUGGUUCUGUAUAGACUCAGGUUCCAUUGGAUAUCGCUCACUCCAACAAGAAUGUACAGCCGAAAAAUAGGUUUGCAGGCUGACCGAGAAUACUUUGAAUUAGAGGGAAAUAAAUUUCUCAUCCUGGGUGGAUCGAUGCAUUACUUUCGUAUUCCACGGGCGUACUGGGCAGACCGUAUGCUGAAGAUGAAAGCUCUAGGUUUGAACACUUUAGUAACGUACAUACCUUGGAAUCUCCAUGAGCCACAGAAAGGAAUAUUUAAUUUCAAAGACAAUCUUGAUUUUGAGGCAUAUCUCACAUUGGCCAAUGAUUUGGAUUUGUGGGUCAUUCUGCGUCCAGGACCAUACAUUUGUUCGGAAUGGGACCUUGGUGGUUUACCCAGUUGGUUACUGAGAGACAAGACCAUGAAACUGCGCACAACUUAUACUGGAUUUACUGAUGCAGUUGAUGACUUUUUUGAUGAACUAAUUCCUAAAGUUAUUCCUUUUCAGUACAAAGAAGGAGGUCCAAUCAUUGCUGUACAAGUAGAAAAUGAAUACGGUGGCUAUGACAAAGAUCCAAAGUAUAUGAAAUUUGUGUAUGAGGCCCUAGCAAACAGAGGGAUCUCAGAAUUAUUCAUGACUUGCGACAACAAAGAUGGGCUAAGUAAAGGAUCAAUCGCAGGAGCUUUACCAACUAUCAACUUUCAGAAGCUGGAUUCUGGAAUGACACUUAUGAAAAGUCUAGCACCUGGGAAGCCUAAGAUGGUGAUGGAGUACUGGAGUGGCUGGUUUGACCAUUGGGGAGGGGAUCAUCACGUCUAUCAUGAAGGAAUACUGAAUACCAUUGCAGCACUUUUAAACAAGGGUGUAUCCAUAAAUCUCUACAUGUUUCAUGGAGGAACCAACUUUGGCUUUAUGAAUGGUGCUCAGGACUUUGGCACCUAUAUUGCUGAUGUAACCAGCUAUGAUUAUGAUGCACCCUUAUCUGAAUCAGGAGACUACACAGAGAAAUAUACUCAAAUUCGUGAACUUUAUAGCAAGUGGUUGGGUCAGAAGUUGCCUGAACAACCUGCUCAAAUGUAUAAAGCAAGAUACACCACCAUUCGCGUAAAAGAAUACAUUCCUUUGUGGGAAGCAUUAAAUCAAUUGGAAAAGCCAAUUCAAAGUGAAAGACCGAUUAAUAUGGAAAACCUUCCAAUCAACAAUGGCAGUGGACAAGCCUAUGGGUAUACGUUAUAUAACACAGUAAUAAACAGUGGAGGAUUACUUCAUUCUGGCCAGAAUGUACGGGACAGAGCACAGAUCUUUGUUGAUGGCCAGUCAGUUGGAUUCCUAGAUUACAAUAAUGUGGAAUUGGCUAUCUCAGUUGCUACGGGAAAGCGAAAUUUGAGCCUUUUGGUGGAAAAUCGUGGUAGAGUCAACUAUGGAAACAAACUUGAUGAUCAGCGAAAAGGUCUCAUAGGUGAUGUCUUUCUGAAUAAGGAACCUUUGAAGGACUUUACAAUCUACCCCUUAGAGAUGAAAACAAAUUUUAUUGAAAGUUUCUCAGCUAUCCAGUUGAAUUCUGUUCCUGAAAAUCCGACGUUACCUGCCUUUUUCUACGGUGUACUGUACGUGGAUUCGUUGCCUUAUGAUACCUUCAUUAAACUUAAGGGCUGGAAAAAAGGAGUGGUUUUUGUGAAUGGAAUGAAUUUAGGCCGUUACUGGGAUAUAGGGCCACAACAGACGCUAUACUUACCAGCCCCUUGGCUACAACAUGGCAGUAAUGAGAUUGUAAUUUUUGAAGAGAGCAAUGCUGGAAGAACAGUUGAGUUUUUAAACAAACCUGACUUGGGGCCAGCUCAACAUGUCUGAAGCUGAGAACAGAGAACUUUCCUUGACUACUUCUCAUUAGCUUUUUGGUGGAAGAGAGCAUUCAUUUGUACCAUGUCUGAUCAGCACCACAUUCAAGCUUUGGAAUAAAGUCUUCAUUGAAAAGUACCAGAAUAACGCGAGUAUCACUUGGAUUGAUCUAUUACAGAAUUGUAUAAAGGUUUUAAGUAUUAAAAUUACGCUGAUUAGAAGUGUAGAAAUGCUUGACACAGUGUUUGAAAUCUCCUUUCCCACUGUUUUAGCAAAGUGGUUAAUAUGUUUGAAGUAAUUGUGUUGCAGCUUUGCUGAAUUAGGGGUCAGAAGAAUUGCAAAUAGGUGUGUUUUAUGUAAUCUGUGUUAUUAAUCCAUUUUGGGACUGAAAUGUGCAAAAUUAAUUUUUAUAAUCUCACUGAAAUUCAUUUCAUUUGUUUUUUAAAAAUUCUCAUUCGAUAUCAUAUUUAAAUAAGCGCUGAAAAUGUGUUGCUGGAAAAGCGCAGCAGGUCAGGCAGCAUCCAAA